AUGCCUGACCUGCGACCAGCAUCCCCUGACUCAGACACCUCCUACGACGAUACCCUCGACGACGACACUUUCGACAUUGGCGAUGACGAUCCUCUGUACGUCUCUCUUGACGAGCUGCAUGUCGGCGACAAUGAUCCACUUGAGCCCAAACCUCAGCCAGGCGAGCUUCCUCGCGCGUUCUACGAGCACCCGCUCGUCCGUCGCGCAUAUGUGCAGGCAUUCAUAGCCGUCGCCUUUCAUGGUGCUACACACGACCUUGCCCAGUACAUGCUCGAAUGCUCGCGUUCUCAGCUUGUCUCGUUUAGUCUACAAACUGGGUUCGAAAUCGACGGGCUAGAGCGCAUGGCGGUCACUCUGCGGACAGCCGAACGACGUCUGGGACUGGACCCCGAUGACCAUAUCACCUACUAUGCGGUGUGCGAUGUCUGUUGGGAUACUCACCAUCCUAGUACACUCGAUGAACUCCCUCCGGAUGGCAAGUGUGUCCAAGAAGACUGUCCCGGCAUCCUAUUCGAGAACAAGGUGUUCAGCGAUGGCAAGGCCCGUCGCAUCCCGGUCAAGGUCCUCUCUGCCACAAGUCCAAAGGAUUCGAUCCGGCGCCUUGUAUGUCGCCCAGGCAAGCUCAAAGAACUCAGCGAAUGGCGCCGAGGACAGAAGGAUGAGCCUGGUGCAAAGCCGCCUAUAGAUGCUGAGCACUGGGCCGGCAUUCUUGACGAGGAGUACCGCAUGUACGAUAUGUCAGACGGCUGGGGGUGGGACGCCAUCCAAGCUGGCCUCGCACGUCGUAAGGGGGGCCCAUGGGAUAUCGAGGACAUCGAUGUGGAUGAGGUAAACCAGCGUUUUGUCACACUUCCUAAUGGCAUAGUAAUGAUCUUCAACCUCGACUGGUACAGAGGUAACCACUCCGUUGGUGCAAUCUACCUCACUGUCUGCAACAAUCCCCGCUCGAAGCGGUUCCUACGUGAGGAGACGUUCCUUCUUGCGACAAUACCUGGCCCCGAUGAGCCUUCUCUGGAGCAGCUCAACCACGUCCUGGACAUCUUUAUCCCUGACCUUAUAGAGCUAUACAACGGUAAACAUUAUGGUCUUUACUGUGACCCUCGGAACAUGGGAGAGAAUGACGCCGUUCCUGUGCACUGCCACUUGUACGCCAACGCGUCUGACCUCCCUGCCGCUCGGAAAGCCUCGGGUUUGCGUGGCCAUACCUCAACAUGGUUCAUGUGCCCUGUAUGUAAGCAGGCCAUGCACUCCCUCACCCAUCCGGAUUGUUUCGAUCCUGAGAUGUUCGAGUAUCGUGACGAGCAGCGCUUCCUCAAGUAUGCAUUCCGCGCACGCGACGCUGAUCCUGUGACGCGUGAGGAGAUCGCCGAAGAGCGCGGGAUUCGCUGGUCGGCAUUGGAUAUCUUGCCCGGGUGGUCUCCAGUCAGCGACACCCCGCCAGACUUCAUGCAUGCAGCCUAUUUAGGGGAGGCAAAGCAUGUUGUCCAAGGUAUCCUGACCGCAGGUGGCAUGUUCACUAAACGAAAACGGCACGACAACCCCCUCAAGAAGUUCGAGGCAUGGGUAGACGCCUGCUGGUGGCCGAGCAGCGCUGGCCGUGUACCUAAGGGCCUAAUCGCCGGUGGUACCGGAAAGGCGGACCAGUGGCGCAAUAUGGUCUCAAUCUUACCAGUCGGUCUCUAUGAGGCGUGGCAGGUUGAUGGGGAGAUCCCCGACUGCGACGCACCGCCGUUACGGGGUAAGCAGAAGGCUGCCAUCAAGGCAAGGCGUAUCGCUGCUCUAGUAAAUGAGCGACGGCAGGCUGCCGCUGCAUAUGAUCCUGGUAUGACAUCUGACGACCUCAAAGGCCUCGAGCAAGCUUCCAUGGAGCGGAACUACCGUGCGCACACGGAGACGAUCCUCGAGUGGGCCACCGCAAUCCGGAUUUGGGGCUCACAGUCUAUCAGCGUCGCUGAAGCACACCGCGCGCAAACAUGCCAUAACCGCGCGUGCCAGGCGUGGGCGCAGAUGGACUGCCACCUGACGCCAUAUUUCCACCUCAUGACACAUUUCAACAUGUCGCUGCUGCGGUUUGGGCCUGUAUAUGGAUGGUGGGCGUACACGUUCGAACGUUUCAACGGAUGGCUAUCCAAGAUCAACCACAACGGGCACAAGGGCGGCGAGCUUGAGGCUACUAUGAUGCGGAGCUGGGUCAAGCUCCACCUCAUCCAUGACCUGAUCCUCCAGCUCGAUGCAUUAGGGGACAACAGAACUGCCGAGGACGAUGACAACAUACGGGACCUCAAACGAUGCCUUCAGGGCGAGAAGCGACCAAAUCAAAGCCGUGGGACCCUCUUGUGCAACAUUGCUGCCAUGUCAGCGAAGGACAGUGGAGGAUUGACCGCUUUUCCCAAGCCUCAGGGGCGCAAGCGCAACCUUCGUGCCGAGGGGUUGUACAUGCCCGUGUACCUGCACCUCCGGGACUGCUGGAAGGCGUUCAUCAACCUCAUCCCUGACACGUCAUUCGCCGAUGAUGGAUCACCUUUCAUUGCACUAAAUGUCCCCUUCUACACCCAUGUAGUCAUCGCAGGCCAGAAAUACGGCGCAUCCGCUACCCAUCGAGGGUUGCGGAAUCGCUAUGCGUACAUCGAUGGCCGCCAAGCGGUUGACAUCAUCCAUAUCAUGCGAUGCAGUCACACCACAGAGGACGGCCAAACCCUGACAGCUGACCUUGCUGUUGUCAGGCCCUUCCUUCCGAGUCCCGCAGCCCCGAACUUACCAUGGGCAUCACGCGCUAUCGACCUCGGGAUUGAUGUGUGGAGGUACAAGAAGUACGGGAGCCCUCAGGUCAUCGAAACACGUCGAUUUAGCGGACAUUUCGCGCUCAAUCAUAUCACCUACAAGCAACGCAGAUUGACUGUACUCGAUCUCGUUGUCGUUGUCAGCCACGCUUUCCCCACGUCCUUCAUCACGGUCCAUGCCCUCGAUCUCGGCCUCGUCCUCACCAGAACCAGCAAACCUCCCACUUCCCCCAAAUACCCUCCCGUCCUCGCCGCUGCUGUCAGAGCUACUACCACCCACUUUGGCCUCGCCAUCCUCGUCAUCGUCCUCGCCGCCAUCACCAUCAUCUCCACUGUGACCGUCCUCACCCGCGUUGCCACCAACGUCACCACCACCACUGUUGCCACCUUCACCAUCACCUUCACUGUCGCCCUCGUCGUCCGAUAUCAAGGUGCGCUUGUCAUAUUUUGCUCCCCAUUCCGAGCGUAG